UUCUGGGGCCUGUUGCACAAAAGUAGAAUUAAGACAUCCGGGAUAAAUGACUCAGCUGAGCUCAAUGAAGCCAAAACAUGUGCGUCCAGGCUUAAUUGGUUGCACAAAGACCAAGCCAGGAUGAGCAGACACGGAUUCAUUAAGCCAGGUGAAACCAAUCCUGGAUAGGUGCGCGCUCACGGCUCACUCAAAUAGACCCCGCCACAGAUCACAGAUUAACUGAUUUACCAUGGCAACUAGAGCCGCGUACUUUUCCCCGUCGGAAGCACAAAUCCUCAUGGAGGCAUACGAGGAGGUAAAAUAUAUAAUUAAGAAGAAAGGCAACACCGCCACAGUGAUAAAGCAAAGAGAAAAAGCGUGGCAAAGUAUUGCAGACCGCCUGAAUGCAUUAAACAUGAACGGGCCAAAAUGGACAUGGCAGCAGGUCAAAAUCAAAUACAAGAACAUUCUGCAGAAUGCAGUGAAAAAGAAUACCCACAGACAAGGCACGGGUGGUGGGUCACCAAAGGCUGACCUUACCCCAGCAGAGGACAUGGCCUUGGAGCUAAAUAAAGGCAGGCCCGUCUUAGAGGGGAUCCCUGGGGGGAAAGAGACGAGCAUAGGUUCCUCCCAAGAUGCCACCCGCUUCAUUCAAGUGCCUGGCAGCAUUGUGUUCCUGUUAGAGCCACCAGCACAAGCACCAGACGAUGCUGAUCCAGGUGAAGGCCCCAGUGCAGCAGCAACAGCACAUGAUGGAGACGAUGAUGAGGAGGAGACCAUCUCUCUGGAUUCCAGAAGGCAUGAGGACCCAGAUGCUAUACAGUGGGAAAACCAGCCUGGCAACAUAAGCUCACAAGCUAUCAGAAAGUUGUAUGGCAACCACCUCCGGCGCCAAAUAGAACUGGCAGACAUAGACAUUCAGUACAAGAAGAAAAAUAUGGAAAAUCUUGCACUGGAGUCCGAAAUAAAAAAGAGGACAAUUAGGAAACUGGACCUUGAAAUAAAAAAACUUGAGAGGGAGCUCCAAGAAGAUGACACAGCUCAAAAUAAAAAUUAGCAAUCAGUACAACCAAGUCAUCGUUAUAAGGCAUCGCCCUCUUUUGCCCACCCCCAGCACCAGGUGUGGCCACUAGCCUAUAUGAAGGCCCAAAAUUGUGUGUUCCUUUCUGCUCUGACAAUGGCAUGCCCAUUCGUGCGAGAUGUGGUGGAUGAAGAAGCACUUGUGCUGAGGAGAGCCUUCAGGCGAGAAAGGGUCUUCAGGGCCGGUUGGACCCACUGGCCUUCCCUGAUGACCAUCUAUAUGAAAGAUACAGGUUUUCUGCAGAUGGCAUCAGGUAUCUAUGCAGACUACUGGGUCCCAGGAUUAAGCACCGCACUGCACGGAGCCAUGCACUGAGUGUGGAGCAAAUGGUUUGUGUGGCCUUGCGCUUUUUUGCUAGUGGAGCCUUCCUGUACUCAGUGGGGGAUGCAGAACAGCUGAACAAGGCCACAAUUUGCCGCACAAUAAGGAGUGUGUGUCUGGCUAUCAAAGCAUUAGCAGAUGUCUUCAUCUCCUUCCCUGGCCACAGAAGACUCUGUGACAUCAAAGAGGAGUUCUAUAGGAUUGCAGAUGGUCUGCAAUGCUGACUGUGUGAUCAGCAAUGUUGUGGCAAAAUGGCCUGGCUCAGUCCAUGACUCCAGAAUCUUUCGGGCCUCUGAAAUCUAUCACAAGGUGAAUUCUCUGGUGUGUUGCUGGGAGACAGGGGUAUGGCUGCCAGCCUUUUCUCCUGACACCUUUCACAGACCCCCAGGAAGCACAGCAGGCCUACAACCAUGCCCAUGCCAGGACCAGGGCCAGAGUUGAAAUGACCUUUGGCCUCCUGAAGGCACGCUUUCACUGCCUUCACAAAUUAAGGGUCAGCCCUGUUAGGGCAUGUGAUAUUACUGUGGCUUGUGCUGUCCUCCACAAUGUGGCCUGCCUGAGGAAGGAGAGGGCCCCCAGAGUGCCACCAGCCAUGGACUGGGACAAUCCGGCAAUCUUCCCUGAUGACGACAGUGGUCGGCUGCUGAGGGACCAAUAUGUGUUGAAUUAUUUUAGUUAGUAUGUGUGCUUUCAAUUUUGGUUAAAUAUGUCCUGCGGUGGCAGAGGAAUUUGGUUUUUUUUUUUUUUGGGUUCGUUUUUUGACGAAUUUGGCCUCUUAUGAUGUUUGUGCGGUAUACUGUGUGUAAUACAAGGCUGCAGGGAGGCUACUGCAUCCAUUCAUUUGUCUGUUCAGUUGAUGUGUAUGGAUUUGUCCUGCAUUUAUUUUAGUGUGCAGACAUGCAGGGUGUGUUAUAUACAGACCUUUGAAUGUGUAUGUAUCAUUUUGUAUAAUAUGCUUGGAUUCUGUGCUUUCCAUCUUGUAGAGUCACUGUGACUUCAGUUUCGAAAGGAGCUGAUGGUUUACCUGCUUUGUUUUGUCCUUAUUCAAUAAAGGAACAUAAUGUUA